ACUCCUUGAAUGCGAUGGUAGUGGAUUUUAGAAAAGGGUGUCGUAUUUUUAACAUUUAUCUAUGUUAUUGACGAAGUAUGUUUUUGUUAUGUUGUUUGUGAGCAUGUGCCAGAAUGAUUGUAUGCUCGUUGGCAUGUGCUAUACAGACUCUGGUGCUAUACGGUCGUUGCAUUCGCGUAUGUUUUAUAAUUUUGAAAUUGUGAACCCAGCCGUCAAAGUAAUUUAUUUAAACAAUAGUAUCUGAUGGUAUGUUUCUGUCCGUGGUUAGAACGUUGUAGUGUGGUAACAUGGAUGACGGAAAUGGCAAGCUGUACUCAAAGUUGCCGCGCGCAGUCGCAGGGAAAGCCUUCAAUACACUGCCAAGCAAUCCAGAUGCAAGUUUCGACAUGUUUCUGAAGACAUCUUUAUCAGAAAAGGCUCUUUUUGAAUCAGAAAAUGAACUGAAGAGGAGUAUACUGUUGAAGAAGCAUAAAAAGAAGAUUCAGGGUAAAACUCGCCAGCGAAAGACUUACUUGUCUCGGAAGGAAAGGAAGGAACUCGGACUUAACAAAUUAGAUUACAAGAACCUAAAGUUCCGGGAUUUCCACUCCCUGCACCAACUUUGGAAGAAAUACAUGCGAAACUAUCUCAAUUUGGACAACCUUAAAAAUUUAAGUUUCACAGGCAGCGGCGACGACAGGCAGAGGAGCAACGUGCUGCUGCUCCUGGUCAAGGCGGAGUACGUGGGGGCGUUCGUGAAGGUGAAGCGCUCCAAGUGCUGCAGCCUCACCGGCAAGAAGGGCAUCAUCCUGUGCGACACCCUCAACACCUUCACCGUCAUCGACCAGAAGAACGUAGUCAGAAAAAUCCCAAAAGAAUCAUGCAUAUUUUCUGUGUCAUUGGAUAAGUAUGAGUUCACCAUUUACGGGAAGUUGUUCUGCAUUCGUUCAAGCCACAGAAGUGCCAAGAAAAUAAGACUGAAUCUCAUACCGGACCUGUGAAUGUGUGUUUCCUAGAAGACAAAGAAAACAACUGUUUGUUACCUGUGUUACCUAUGUUACGUUACAUUUAUGCAAUAUAUUUAAGUUUUGGUA